AUCUGAUAUGGAAGAACCCAACAAUGGAUCUUAUCACCCGGCUGGGAUGGACCUAAAACAAGUCAUUUAUAUCCACAGACAUGGUGCGAGAACUCCAACUCAUGGCAAUCUCAUUGGUCUUACUAGUGCUAGUUUGUGGAACCAAUGCAAUUUGUCGCCGUUUUUAAAGGCUCUUCAGACUGUAGGCGACCAUACACACUAUAUUGAGCGUACUUCUGAUUUAGGCCAUGCUGCUCACAAAGUACCUCCUACGCUUUCGCGGAUUGCAUUUGGUGCUCCUAGUGGGACCGUUGCAUCGGAGCAGCAUUUGGCUGCGUCACGAACUGUUCGACAGCUCAAGAGUCUGCUUGAAAAGGCAGGGGUCGGAAGUUGUUUCUCUGGACAACUGACUGAUAUUGGUAAACUUACACUGUACAAUCUUGGCCAAGAUUUGCGCAAGUUGUAUAUUGACAAACUUGAAUUAUUGCCGCCUAUUUUGGAUUCGAGAUCUUCGCAAUUGUUAUACCUACGAAGUACUGAUUAUACACGUACUAUUGAAUCGCUUCAAUUUCUGCUACAUGGCUUAUAUCCACCAUUGAAACGUCAGGCACCUAAUAGUCUCAAUCUGCAAAUUCAUGUUUUACCUGAUUCUGCCGAAACUAUGCAUCCUCGGGAUGAUUGCGCUGCACUCGCACUUGAAAUCAAGCGAUUCCGUGAUACAUUCUUUGCUCGCAAUGCCAACCGAAUUAAAUCUGUCUUGUCCAAGUUUCCUACCUUUGUGCAUGCAUUCGACGGUACGGGUAUUAGCGAUAUGAACAAGGUAUUCCGCAUUUACGAUACUCUGCAGUGUCUUGAAGGCAAUGACCUUCCCUUUCCAAAAGGAAUUACCGAGUUUCACAUGCAGGAACUCACAGCUCUAGUUGUAGACCAGUGGGGUAAGCUUUUUGGGUCUAGCAAUUUUAUUGCUAGUAUGUCGCUUGGGAGAUUUGUGGGCGAAUUUUCUCAGCAGAUUCAAGCUGCUUCCAAGGGGGCCAGUAAAACCCCCAAAAUGGCCGUUUAUUCUGGCCACGAUACUACAAUUCUACCUAUUCUUGCUGCCUUUCGUGCAUCGGAUGGAACCCAUCCCGGCUAUGCAUCCAAUCUUUCAUUUGAGCUAUACAAGACUCGUGCAAGUGAUUCAACUUGGCGUCGAUUGACUGGAUGGACUUCUCCAUCUCAGCAUUAUGUGCGUAUGUUAUAUAAUGGAAAACCGCGUCCACUUUUUGGAUGUGCUUCUCAAAACCAACAUCUCCCUGGACAUCCAGAAAUGUGCACACUAGAUGCAUUCAUGGCCGAAGUCGACCGUAUCACUCCAAAAAACUACGAAGUCAAAUGCGCGACUCCUAUCAAGGUUGUCCCUGAUUGGGACUAAUUGAGUGCAAAUCUACUGUUUAAUAGUAUUUGUCUUUUCCUCAUAUUGAAUUUAGCUGCUACAUUGACAAUACUUUGCAAAACUAUAAUCCAUGGUUUGAGUUUCCUAAUGUGCAACUAUCCAUAUAUCUUUUCCUCAAUCCAAUACCAUUAUAAGUUAAUGGACUGCAGUCCAUUAAAACCUCAUUUUUCAAACUAUGCAAUAUUGUCUUUAAUGAAUGGUGCUAGACUACCAUAGUGUUGAAAAUAGCCCUCCAGCCUCGUAAAAUUUCUCGACGUUUUCCAAUAAAAAAACCAACCGUACUUGUG